AUGGCUGGUAAACGAAGAAGAUCACAUAAGUCUUCUAAGGUUUUAGAUUCUGAGUCUGCAAACAAACGGUUUAUUGGUAACACUACAUCGCACAACAGUUCCUGCUCCGAAAAUUCAGGUAUUUCAACCUGCUAUCUUCAUAGUCAGAACCAUCCAGUCUUACGUGCUUCUGAGCUAUCUGAAGACAGCAGUACAGCUCCAUCUAAAGUGACUGAGACACAAGACUCAGUUUCCUACACAUCACCCAUUUCCAAAAUAAACCGAGCCAAGUAUAAUUUUGUACAAAAUAGACACAUUACUAGUAGAUUGAGAAGAUUAUCGGAAGCCUCUUCGCCCACUUGUACUGUCCAAGAAAGUUCAGUCUCUGAACAGACAAAGAGUUCAGCAAAUAGUACGACUCAGUUGAGUUGUCAGUCAAGCACCCAGAUCGGACGCAGAACUACUAAAAGGAGUUUGCAUUAUUCUGAAGAUAUACCAUCUUUUUCCCAAGAUAAAUUAAGAGCUGCUAAACGCCAGCGUCUGUCUAGUUCAAAAGCUCGGCAAUUAGGAACCUACCAUAGUAGUUCGUCAUAUUCAAAGUCAUCUGAUCGGAAACGGCACUCACUCGCUUCCCCAGGAACUGCUCAUAUAUCUCAAAAUUUACCGCAUACCGCCACGGGUCUAUUUAUGAGCAAAAGAUCACGUCGCGAUCGUCAGCGGUCUGUGACUUCUAUGACGGUGACAAGUUCAUCUACCAUAAAAAACACGAACACUGGAGACAAUGUGUUCAGUACAAACACCUCAAAUUAUCCCAUACAUUCAAGUCUUUCAGCUGCCCAUUGUACCGGAGAAAAGACUUUGCAUUCUCAAAUACCCUAUGUUCAGUUACCUGCUGAUUCCUGUCCUCCGCACUGCUCUCAAGGCGUUAUGAUUUCUAAUGAUGUGAUUGUCUCGGAACAUGUUGGAACUAUGGGAUUUCCCAGUACUGAUCUACAUCAAUCUGUCAAUCCUGAGUCAAAUGUCCCUUUUUAUGUUGUUCAGAAAAGUGCUUGUGCGCCCAAUGAAACUCAAGAUCCUAAUCCUCGAUCACUUAAUCAACAUUAUUAUAUAGUUCCUGAUCUUUCUCGCCCAACAGAAAGUAAUAAAACUUCAUCUUCUGAGUUCAAAAGUUCCUGUAUUUAUUCCAAUACUAUCCAGCUACGUAGCUCAAAGGAUGUAACAGUUACGAAACAAGAAAGUAAUAGGAAUUUUAGUCAUAUUCCAAUUGACCUGACAACUAAUACACUGCAUAACCAAAUGCCUAUGCCAUUGGAUUCAUCCUCCCAACCUAUUCAGUUAGGAUUGCCAGUUUGGUCAUCUGUAGACCAGCUAGAGUCUCAGACAGCUUUCACAACAUCAUCCAGCAGUGUAAUGAUGGCGUCAUCAUUGCAAAACUCAUCAAACUACCGCAAAAGAACUUUGGAACCAUUUACUCCAGCUCAAAGUUUUUACCCUCCAACAACUGAUUCUCCUACAACUUAUCGUAUCCAAACUGAUCCCAAAUAUUCCACUGAUUCAAACAUAAUCCCCAUGUUACCGAACUCUUGUUCCCCAUUUUUAGUUUCGCCUGGUACAUCAGCAGCAGCAAACCAUCCAAAUGCUAUACAGCAACUUUUAAAUCCAAUCAGUGUCGCUCGUUUAAUUGCACUAAACCAAACAAUGCAUUCGAAUACACACUACCAAAAAUCUUCCCAGUCAGAACAUCUACAGUCUGCACUGUCUACUACCUGUUUAACAUCAUCCUUCCAUCCUACAGUAUCCGGUUCCUCAGGAAAGUACUCUCGAUAUUCACCUCACACUACUCAUUCUGGAUCCGCUUCAACUUCAAAGUCUGUUGUUUAUACACGCAACCAUUCUAACACAUCAGAAUGGUCUAAUCCAAAAACGAGUGCUACUCAUAGCGGAUAUCGCAGCCCACAUAGUGAUGGUAUCAAUCAUCGAAUAGCACAGCUACAACAAGCUUCAACUGAUAGAUCUAUGCAGUUGAUCAUUUUGCAAGAUAUAAAUCAGAUUCUGUUAAUGGAUUUUGAAGAGAAUUUAGCAAAUCUAGAUGUCAAUAGUUUGGUUAAUUGUGUUCUGCAAAUUUUAGAAUCACAAGAAGAACAUUUAGUUGAAUUGAAAAAUUUAAGUUGUAAUGUUUUAACGCAUAUGAUGGAUGUUUUACCACGUAGUUCAGAUUUUAUUGUUCCAGCUUUGCCUAUUCUACUCACAACUAUGUCUUCCAGUUUUGUUGGUGAUAUUUUAGAGAGAAUAAUUAAUUUAUUAGAACAAAUAUCACGUCGUCACGGAAAAGAAGUACUAAAAUCUGGUGGCGUUUCUACUGUACUCGGAUUUUACGACUUUGUUACCUCAGCACAACAUCGAACUAUUUUGACAAUGGUGUAUAACUGUUUCAUAAAUCUACAACCAGCCGAUUACGAUUUAAUCUCCAACUGUUUACCAACAUUAGCUGAACAUUUAAAAGAGUCAGAACCUCGUUGUGUUGAACGCGUUUGUAGUUGUUUUGUACGCUUGAUUAGUGCUUAUCGAUUUGAGCCAAAUUUACUUAAAUGUAUUGUUAAUAGUUGUAACUUAUUAACUAACCUUCAAUCAUUGCUCACGUUAACUCCAUCGAUUUUGUCCAGUAUCAAUGAUGUAAUUCAAAUAUUAGCAACAUUAUGCUCAAGUUGUCCUGAUUUAGCUGUUGAUUUAAUUAAACAAAAUAUUUCAAACACUAUAUAUUCUCUUCUAUUGGGAGUUAACCCGGAAAUCGAAACUGACUGGGCUACUCUAACGUCAUGUUUUAAUGGUUUAACACUAGCUAGUUUAGUUCCAAAUCAAUCAACCACGAAACGACUUCGUGCUCGUUCUCAUUCUGGUGAAUCGUUUAAACCCUCAUCUUCAUCAACACUGUCAGGUUCUACACAUUCAUCCAAUAAACAAUUUGAUGUUGGUACCAUUUGUUCACCACCUGGCUUAUUGCAACAAUGCAACAAUUUACCAUUUGGUUGGCAGUCUUUAAUGAUUACUAACUCUGCUUUUCUGAAUUCUUCCCCAUCAAAUUCAACAAGUUUAUCUAUCAAUCAAAGAAGUCCAGAUGAUGUACAUUCAAUAGUUUAUUUGAUUAGCGAACUUCUCCCACCAAUUUCUAACCAAUUCAAAUUCUCGACAUUAUAUUCGAAUGCAUCACAAAAAUCCAGUGAUUCCACAGUUUCCAAUGUACAUUUUGGGUCAGGAGUCAAUUUGAACUCAAUGUUUUCUACUAGUGAUUCUGGUUUAUGUACUCCGGAACAAUUGACUACAGGAACAGUGUUUUUCGCUGACACAAACAACCUUCAGGUUCAAUCCUCAAAAAUCAAAAGCUCCGGAAGUUCAUCUUCUGUCUCUUCUAAUUCGUCCAGUACUUUGUUACAAGGUUCAUUCGAUUCCAUCAAUCUAUCACAGUCUAGUAAUUCCCAAACACAUUUAACAGAUCCACGUUCACUUCUGUUAUAUGAUGAAUGUAAAGAGCUUCAUAAUCGCUUACUUGCUUUAAUUUCUAAUAAAGAAGAAUCUAAAACAACACAUAGUGCUCAUACUAGACGACGUUCCACUCAACAAAAACAUGGAGAAGAUAUUAGUAUCGGUAAACAAACUAUUUCUGAAAAGCACGUUUCUGGAAUACAGCGUUCACAUGGAAGUAUUGAAAGCCGUUUAGAUUUGACAACCACUGAAGCUUUACAAAUGGUGCAAAUAUUACUCCCACUCUUAUUUGAAAUAUUCACUGAAACUACCAAGACACAAACACGUUUGUUGUGUUUAGAAGCGAUACAGCGAAUGAUAUUUUAUUCAAGUCCAUUAUUACUGGCCAAAGUAAUUCAUCCAAGAUUAGUUUGCAGUCAUAUUGCGGGUAUGCUCAAUAGUCCUGAGAAACGUGUUAUUCUGAUGGCUUUGCAAAUUUCUGUCAUGUUACUUGGUCGAAUCCCGUUUGUAUUUGCUACACAUUUUCGAAAAGAAGGUAUCACUUUACAAAAUGAUUUAUUCUCAAGCAAAUCUGUGCCCAAAUUAUCUUGUGUUGGUUCCAAUACCGUAACAUGCAUAUCAAGCAACAACUGUGCAAGUAAUCAACAUAUAAAUCACCAACCAUUUCAACCUAAUGAUAACAUCAAAUCGAAACGUGAAUCAGCCGUUACUCAUGGACAUUAUGAAGAGACUCACGUGGGAAGCUACAGUACACAAAAUUGUUCUGUUGUACUUGAUAUGCCUUUGUCAUACAAUUCGUUAGUUCAAAAAAGUUUGAAUCCCAGUAACAAUCAGCAGACAAAGCAUCAAAUAGAAUUGCCUAAUACAAUGUCAAAGUCGCCUACACUUUUGUUAACUGAACGAGAUCCUUUACUUCAGUCCAUCUGUUCAAUUUGUGAACACUUACGAGCACGUACACAGAUUUUGUUAAAAUCAUUCGAUUCACUCAAUAAUACUCCUACGAUUGAAUGUACUAAUCCCAGUAAUUAUCAUCAUGAAGAUAAUAAAACUAGUCCAUCGUCUCAUCAUCACGUUACAAUUCAUAAUCUUAUUGAUUUAAUGCCUAUACUGAAAUGUGUUGCUCAUCAAUUAAAUUCCGAUUCACCAAAUCUAUGGAUAAGUGGUUUAAAUCAAUUAAUUGAUUUAUUAAAACCGAAUGAAAAAACGCUCGAGAGAAUGAUAGAACCACCAUCACCGUUUGAACUACAAGAAAGCGGUGUAACAAAUGCUUUGUUAAAUUUCCUUACAUUAUCAAGUAAUCGGGAAAUUCGUUUAUGGAUAAUGUUUAGAAUGUUCCUUGGCCGGCGAGCUACCACACCUAUUCGAUUCAGUCCAACAUUAAAUUUAGAAAAUAUAAAUGGACGUAAAUGGAAUGGUUAUAAAAAUUGGUUUAAUUUUCUGUCAAUUAUACCAGAUUUGUUUUUGUCCGAUCAUAGUAAAUUAAGUCAGUUAAGCGUGAUUGAAUGUCAUUUGAACUCAGAAUUGAAGCAUGACGAUAACUCAUCUCGUGGGAUCGAAGCUUUCGGAGCCUUAAUAGAAUGCCUUUUGGCUUACUUACAUAGACAUGAACAUUUUCAAGUUAAUACUAUUCCAUCACUGCUACCUCCAGCUGAUAAGUGGCUCUCAAUGUUUGGAAGAGAUCUCUUUAAAAAUGUUAGUAAUCCCGAUAUUAUGGAUGGUUUUGGAGUACAUCAUGACAAUACUUUGUCAUCACCCUCACCUUCUAGUAGUGCUCAAAAGUUAUCGUCAUCACGACAACAUAAUACUCCGAAAGCUGUCGGAGUUAACAAUUCUGGUCGGUCAUCUAAUAAAGUUCCUACUCAAAGAGUGUGUAGUAUGAAAACAUCUGUAAAAGCAUCCCAUCCUCUUCCCAUUAAUUAUAGCAAUAAUAGGGUAGAUCCAUCAAAUUCCGGUUGGCAUUCAGCAAGCACAGAUUCGAAAUUUGUAACUCAUCAUGCUUUUGGCCCAUCCUCCCGAUCUGUUCAAGUAACCGCUCCUACUCCAGGGAUACUGCGUAUUGAACUUCAUCGUAUAUAUGAAACAGAUGGUACAAUAAACGAAAGUAAUUCAUCAGUGAGUCAUCCAACUAGUCCACCAAUUACUGGGACAAACUCUAAGAGCGGUCGCAAAUCUUCUUUAUCCUCAACAUCAUCUGGGCAUUCAGCAAAUACUUCGCUCUCGUUAACAACUGAGACAUGUUCCUCUUUACCACAUUUUCUACCAUUGCGUAUUACUGCUCUGGCCACAAUUCAGAAUGUUGAGCGAUUGCUCUUACAACGUAACUACGUGAACAGUGUUCUUCAAGAGAAUGCUUUUUCGCAACAAGCUGAUUAUAAUUUGACAGGUUUUCAAGAAACAUUUAUUGACCAUAUUGCAGAUGAUCUUUGUACUUCACCACAAUCACAACUAGUCGAUGAAGCGACAGAUAAUGACGAUGAAGAUAUGGAUUCUCAUACUCAUUCAUUAUUACGAGAUUUGGAAUCAGUCGAAGGACCCUUCAAACAUCAUGCAGAUAUUCAGCACUCAGACACAUAUAUACGAACGGCUGUUGCUGUGAACACAAGUAAUACAAAGUCUGUGACACCCGAACGUCGACAGAGAAAUCUGUCCAGUCGAAUUCCCAAACCAUCUGUUUUACUUCCUAGCGAGUCAUCAGGUAUGACUUCUAUUCAUAUACAACCAGCCGUCAGUAGAAGUCCAAGACAUCUAAAAUCAGACGUUUAUGCUAAAUACCUUUCACUGUUAUCUCUUGUCUCUUCUGAUAACCCUGCCCAUGAACGCUCUACACUUAACCAACCAAUCGUUACAAAUCCCAAUGUACAUUUAACAUCCCCAGUUUGUUGUACACAAACACCAAUUUCAUCGAAAACAUCUGUUUCUACUUCUAGUUCACUUCAAAGAGGAUUACGUAGCUUAUUACAACGUAGUUCAGAAAUUCUACCUUUGAUGACUCGAAGUGGAAUUGAAAAGCCAAAUGUAUCUAACUUGCACUCAGUUGAAAAUCCUAAUGCUUUUGUCAAGAAAACUGAUUGUCGUAAUGUCCGAAGGCGUUCUACUACUAACGUCUCGAUUUCCGAUAUACUUAGUUCAACAUCUACUUCACUGGCUGUUCCUGAACGAGUAAUUACUCCGUUUUCGCACUUUUUACGUUCUGUUACAAACCCACUGGCAUCAGAUGAUAAUUCGAGUAUCGAUACUUCUGUAAUCUCUAGUAGACGUAAAUCCAAGAAAACGACUGUCCAAAAGGAAUCUGAUGUUAAUAUCGUUACCACAAACUCUGAAACUUCAGUGUAUGUUUCUAGGCCUGUUUCUUCAGUUCCUACUCAACUUACAAGUAGAUACAGGAGAUUAAAAGGUGGAUCUCUUUUUACAACUCUUGGCGUUCUAGCUAAUAGUUCGUCUACUACAACAACUACAACAUCAGUUCGUAAAGGACCAAUUCGUCGAGGUCGAAGUGGUGGAAUUUAUAACUCCCAUGUGCCUCAAACUCGCUCGUUUAAAAAUGCUGUAUCACCUUCGUUGUCGUCUACAUCGAAUGCUUCGUCGCCAAUUGGAAGUGAAGAUAGUUUUAUCUAUCAUGGUAAAUUACGACCUACAAUUACAUUCUAUAUCGGCGGUCACCGUUUGCCUUCAGACAUUCCAUUAUAUGAAGCAGUUCGUAAAUUUAACCCGGAAAUCUUAUCUUAUUCUUCUGCUGUUAAUUCAGUACUAAAUAGUUGUGGCUCUCACAAUCAAACGCUUGAUAUUUCUGAGCAGUUAUCUUUAACACAGACAGAGAAAGAAAAUUUAAUUGGUCAUUUUAUUUGGAGCCUUACUCAUGUUAUUCAGUAUCGAGUCACUUAUCAUUCUUCAUCUCACGAUACUAGUGGUAAACAUAAUAAUAUCUCUUCUUCGUCAUCACUUCCUGGUCAUUCCUUAUCUCCCUCUUCAGCUUCAUUAUCACCUAAAGAUAUCAGUGAUUCCGGUGAAGCUAGUAUAACACCAUCAUUUCCUACUACACUAAGCCUUAGUGCAGCAAUAACGUGUUUUAAACACCGACGUCCAAGUGAAACUGACACUGAUCAUAUAGACAGUCUUGAAAAGUGCCCAGCUCCAAGUUCAACUAAUACAGUCAUUGAUUCAUUAUCCCCAGUACAAAAGCAUAUCCCUCCAUAUGGUCAAACAUUUCAGUUGGCCCAAAAUCCAUUAUUUGACUUCCUAGUUAAUGAUUUACCUGAAGGCUUCUUAACUGACAUUCGAUGUGAUUGCGGCUCUUUGAAUCGACAACCAAAUUGUCUGUUGAAUGCGGAUAUGGUGAAUUUAAAUUCUUCAAAAAACCCUUUAUCAACAACCCUUUCUCUCUUGCGUGUAUUGCAUAACAUCAAUCGUUUAUGGUAUACAGUUCAUAAUGCUUUGGAUCCUUUUCCAAUUUAUUCUUCACAAUCAUUUCAGAGUCAAAAACUUGCUGUCAAAGCUAAACGUCAAUUACAAGAUGUUUUCAGUGUGUUGGCUGGCAAUUUGCCCUCUUGGUUGAUUCAAUUGAUAUCAGUAUGUCCGUUCUUGUUUCCUUUUGAUAUUCGAAGGACCUUCUUCUAUGCUCAUAAUUUUGAUCGUAAUCGAGCUUUACUCAGAUUUCAGGAUUUGGCAAGUUCUUACACUUCCGAUAUUGAUCAAAAUCGUGAACAAAUAGAUACAAGAAAUCCUACACCACUGUUAUCUCAUGGUAUUCAUGAUAAUCAGCCUACAUUUAUUACUGGUUUACAUAGUGGAGUAGGUGGUAUGACUAACUUUGUCAAUUCUGGUUCAUCAUCAAACUCUGCAUCUCUGCUAGCUCAAUUUAACGCAUUCUCUCAGUCUUCAUUUAACACACAACUAUUUGACCACAGUUCUGGACUAUCAUCUGCGUCUUCUCAAGAACAUAACAGACUAGAUAAUGGAAGAAAUAAUUUAGGAACACGUGGAAGAUAUCAUUUACGCCUGGCCUUGUCACCAAACUUUCGCCGGCACAAAGUUACCGUUAAUCGAGAUGAAAAACGUCUACUGAAACAAGCUGAAAUGACAUUAAAUGAAAUGGGUGAUUCACGUGCAGUAUUAGAAAUUGCUUUUGAGGGUGAAGUUGGAUUUGGUCUUGGUCCAACACUAGAAUUUUACACAUUGAUAAGUCGUUUGUUAAUGAAGUCUAAUUUAAAUCUCUGGCAUGGUUGUGAAUCUACUUCAGAUGGAUAUUUGAUUGCUCCAGCGCCUGGACUUUAUCCUCGUCCAUUUUCAAGACAAACUAAAUCUUCAGUUAUACGAGAGGUUUGCGGAAAAUUUAAUUUUCUUGGUCGUUUAUUAGCCAGAGCAUUGUUAGAUUGGCGACGAUUAGAUUUGCCUUUUUCACCAGCAUUUUUCAAAUGGUUCUUAGCACCUACAGCAAGUGAUGCCGUCCGGAAAGGUCAUAUUUUACCAAGUGAUAUAUCAUUAAUUGAUCCAGACUUGGGUCGACACAUAAGACAGUUAACAGAAUUGGUUAAUCGUCGUCAAACUUUAUGCCAUCAAUUAUCGAAUUUAGAUGCUUCAAAUCUUCCAUCAUCUGUUUCAUUGGGGGGAGUUUAUCUAAACAAUUCAAUUAACAUCAAAGGUGUACAUCAUCAUCAUACACAAAAGUUGGAUUCAAUUAAAGCUUCUUUAACCAUGUUGGACAAUGAAAUUGAUGAUUUAUGCUUAAAUUUCACACUUCCAGGUUACGAGGUGGAGUUAAUUAAAAAUGGUGCACAUACUAAUGUUACAGGCUCUAAUUUAAGCUGUUACCUUCGUUUAGUUGCUCAUUGGUUAGUUAUUGAAGGUGCAAGCCGUCAAAUGGAAGCAGUUUUAAAAGGUUUCGACUCGGUUCUACCUAAUAUUCGUUCACGGUUAACUACAUUAUUUCAACCGGAUGAAAUGGAGAAUUUAUUCUGCGGUGAAUCAUCACCUAGAUUUAAUUCUUUAUCAAUUAAUCAAAUUGGUGAAAUGAAAUCUAUGCAAUUAUUAGAUAAAAAUUAUUCAUCAACAGAUGAAGAAGGUUGGGAUGUACAAAGCUUAACUCAAUCAUGUUGUUGUGAUCAUGGCUAUACUCCACAAUCACGUGCUAUUCGUCUUCUAUUUGAAAUUAUGUCUGAGUUCACUCCAGAACAACGAAGAUUAUUUGUACAAUUUGUGACUGGCAGUCCUCGUUUACCAGUUGGUGGUUUUCGUGCAUUAAAACCUCCAUUGAAAAUUGUAAUGAAACGAGAAACAGGUGAAAAUGCUGAUCAUCAUUUACCUUCUGUUAUGACAUGUCAAAAUUAUUUAAAACUUCCAGAUUAUUCAUCUAAAGCAUUAAUGCUUUCCAAAUUAUUAUAUGCAAUCAAUGAAGGUCAAAAUGCCUUUCAUCUUUCAUAA